CACAACUUUGUCGUCUCGUUUCGUUUCGGUCAGACCAAAAACGCUCUAGCGUCGGUCCGCGGAAAAUAGCAAAAAUCACAAUUAUCCGGGCAGUUAGAAUUGUCGAAAAUAGCGCGUGGUCCCCCCAUAAAUAUGCGCAAGCGUAAAUUGUACAUAAACUGAACGAAUGCAGCCAACGUGCGAAGCACUAAAAGCGGAAAAACAGAAACAAGGAAUUGCAGCUGCAGUCUUGUCGUGGGCACAUCCCAAUCCCAAUAGUCCCCACCCGACCUUGGAGUGGUAGCCUAUCAUGGAUAUAGAAGUCAAGCAUAGAGAUUAGAAGAAUCCUUUGAAUUCUAAAUUCAAGAUCCUAAUUUAAAUUAGCCAAGUAGCAUAGCCUAGCCGAUAGCCCCUAGCCAGAGGAACGGUUUCAAGCCGCAAACACCCGCGUUUAUAGUUCAAAUCGAAACUCAACCGAAUACGAAGGAAAGCAGCGUGAAAAUUCAAAGGAGCACUUUCAGUAGCACCAACAUCAUGACGACCGACACCCGCCGACGCGUUAAGUUGUACGCGCUGAAUGCGGAGCGCCAGUGGGAUGAUCGUGGCACUGGCCACGUGUCCUCCACCUACGUGGACAGGCUAAAAGGCAUUUCGCUUCUAGUGCGGGCCGAAUCCGAUGGAUCCUUGCUUUUGGAGAGCAAGAUACAACCGGACACCGCCUACCAGAAGCAGCAGGACACCUUGAUUGUCUGGUCCGAAGGCGACAACUUUGAUCUGGCCUUGAGUUUUCAGGAAAAGGCAGGUUGUGACGAAAUAUGGGAGAAGAUAUGUCAGGUGCAAGGCAAGGACCCCUCUGUGGAGAUCACACAGGACAUCGUGGAAGAGUCGGAGGACGAGCGCUUUGAGGACAUGUCGGACACGGCUCCACCCAUCGAACUUCCACCCUGCGAGCUCUCCCGGCUGGAGGACAUUUCGGAGACGAUACAGAGCUGCCUCUCCACACCGCUGCGCAAGGAGAAGCUUUCGAUGGCCCUGGAAUCGGAGAGCUAUAUCAAGAAGUUGUUAAACUUGUUCCAUGUGUGCGAGGAUCUGGACAACACCGAGGGUCUGCACCAUUUGUUCGAGAUCUUCAAGAACAUAUUCUUGCUAAAUAAGAACGCGCUCUUCGAGAUCAUGUUUGCGGAUGACACAAUCUUCGACGUGGUCGGUUGCCUAGAGUAUGAUCCGAGUGUGGCCCAGCCAAAGAAACAUCGCCAAUAUCUAAAGCAGUGGGCCAAGUUCCGCGAGGCUGUGCCGAUCAAGAACCAGGACCUGCUGGCCAAGAUCCACCAGACGUUCCGUGUUCAGUAUAUCCAGGACAUCAUCCUGCCCACACCUUCGGUCUUUGUCGAGGACAACAUGCUGAACACGCUGUCCAGCUUCAUCUUCUUUAACAAGGUAGAGAUUGUGACAAUGAUCCAGGACGAUGAGCGCUUCCUGCUUGAUGUGUUUGCCGUGCUCACGGAUCCAGCCACCGGCGAUACAAAGCGCCGCGACACAGUCCUCUUCUUGAAGGAGUUCUGCAACUUUGCCCAGAACCUGCAGCCGCAAGGCAAGGACUCGUUCUACAAAACACUCACCUGCCUGGGCAUCCUGCAGGCGCUGGAACUCACUCUCGUGAUGAACGACAAGAAGACCAAGUCGGCCUCCAUCGACAUCCUCACGGCCAUCGUUGAGUUCUCGCCGCUGGUGGUGCGCAACUACACGCUAAACCAGGCCAAUAGGCCAGAAGGGGAGCGUGUGCUACUGAACAUUGCCAUCGAACAAAUGCUGAACGACUCGGAGCCAGAGCUGGGCAUUGCGGUACAGCUGAUGGGCAUCGUUAAGAUCCUGUUGGAACCGGAGAACAUGCUCACCGAGAAGGGCGAUUUUCUCAACUUCUUUUACAAAUACAGCGUCCAGACGUUAGUGGCUCCAUUGAUGCAUAACACGAUGGGUGAUCGUCCGCAGAACGAGGACUAUCAGACGGCCCAGCUGUUGGGCAUCGUCCUUGACAUUCUAUCGUUCUGCGUGGAGCAUCACAGUUACCACAUCAAGAACUUCUUACUGCAAAAGGAUCUCCUCAAGCGAAUUUUGGUGCUGAUGAAAAGCACACACACGUUCCUUGUCCUCGGCGCUCUGCGACUGCUCCGCAAGAUAAUUGCACUUAAAGACGAGUUCUACAAUAGACACAUUGUCAAGUGCAAUCUAUUUGCGCCAGUGGUGGAUGCCUUUAUUCGCAACAACGGCCGCUACAAUCUGCUGGAGUCGGCCAUCUUGGAGCUGUUUGAGUUUAUAAAACUUGAGGACAUCCGCACUCUGUGCGUCUACUUCGUGGAGAACUUCAGCAAGAUAUUUGAUGAAAUCGAAUAUGUGCAGACAUUCAAGUACUUGAAGAACCGAUACGAUCAGUACCAGGAUCGACUCAAGGACCGCGACAAGAUGGAGAACCGAACGGACGGUGGCCUGCCCAUCAUCCGUAGCGGUGGCCGGUUUCGUCGUGACCAGCGGCAAAUGGAGGAGGAGGAGGAGAUGUGGUUCAAUGAAGAGGACGAUUUUUCUGAGGAAAUCGACACAUACAGCAAUGUUAUGAAAUCCGUCAGCGAAAAGAAUGGCCCGCAAACACAAAACCAGCAGAAAUCCUCUCCGCCACACAGCACGUCGCCACACAGUGGAUUGUUGGGUAGCCUGAACACCACCGCGUCAUCCACUGCCACGUCCGCAUCGUCAGGCGCUCCGGUGGCCAGUGGUAGCAGUAGCCCCGAGGCGAUCUCUGCCGACGAGCAGACGCAGGCGGCGGUGCAAUUAGCCGCCGCUGCCAACAUUGCACUUCAGCACCACCAGCAGCAACAGCAGCAGCAGAACCCAUUCCAGCAACAGACACAACCCGAGAUUGCGGAGCUGCAACAGCAGCUGAGCAGCGUGGAGGCGCCACAAAGCCAGGAGUUGGAGCUUUCACAGUCGGCCGCCGCCAGUGUAUCGCCCUCUUCAUCAUCCUCGUCUCUAGAGGCUUCCACGUCCUCAUCAUCGGCGUCUUCGUCCUCAUCCUCGUCGUCGUCGUCCUCGCCGCCCGGCUCUUCAGCGGCCGCAGCUUUGUGCGAUUCGGCGACGGUGGCCGCCGUGGCAGCUUCACAGUUUCUCUCAACGAUCGCCACGGCCAUGGCGGCGUCUGUGACGGCGGCGGCGGCCACAACCAGCUCGCCCAGCCUGUCCCCAGCUCCGGCUGUCUCCAGUCCGGAUAUCGAGAACGCCGACGCCCAGUUGCCGCCCAGCGAUGACGCCAGCAGCCCGGACAGUGGAGAGCAGGAUGCGAACAGCACAGAGGCUGCAAGCAGUGAGGCCGAUAAGGCGACGGCCAAAAAGGGUCUGGUGGACUACGAGAGUGAUUCUGGCGAAGAUGACUACGAGGAGGACGAGGACUCCGAGGGGCCACAAGCACAAAAGCGCGCUCGUCUGGCAUAGUUGCAGACGAUGAGCACAGCAGCAUCAAUUAUAAAUUAGUACACACACACACACAUAACAGAACACAACAAACCACGGCAAACAACAAACAAACAACCAACAACACACUGACCCCCACACACCAACGAAUGUUAGGAUUGCAUUGGCGGCAACGACAGACAUACAGCACAGCGGACAGCCGUACGAUGUAAGAUCGAACAAGAAAACAUACAAUUAAAUUUUAGCAUAAAAUUUAUUUUAAAGGAGAAAGCAAAAACACCUAAAGUAAACGAGAAAUUAUAAAUCUUACUUUACUAAAUUAAAUAAUUACAUAUAAAUAUAUAUAUUCAAAUAUAUAUGCAUAUGAAAACACAGAUAACUAUAACUGAUCAGCAUCCCACAGGCAGAGAUGCAUUUGAGUGCGUGUUGUUCGAGAGUUGGAAAGGCAUUAACGAAACAAACCAAAAUAAAAUGUAUUUAGUAGUUAAAUCCGACACAGAGACGCAGGUGAGGAGGAGGAGCCGUCAAGUGGUGUAGGACAUUUGUAUACAGACGCAUCCAUUCGCAAUGUCCCUUGUAUGACAGUGCUUAACAAAUCCUGUGAAGUUGGCUUCUGGCCUAGAAUGUUGUGGGGAUACCAAUCUAAUUUUGUGCAAUAAUUCGUUGCCGGUAUUUUAAGGACAAUUGCAAAAUGUAUCUUGUCUAGUUUAGUUUUAACGUUUAAAUUUAAUCAUUUGUACCAUAAUCACCUAUGAGAACGAUUCCCUGCCAAUUGCACUAUCACACGGCACUGUUUCCAACUGCCAAUUUGAGUAAACAGUUCUUAUCGCGAGACCCCUUAUAAAAGUUGGCUAUUGUAAACAGAGCUGUAACAUCGAAAACAACGUAAAAAGAUAUUAAUAAUGUUAAUUUUAAAUUUUUGAACUAUUCCUAAAGCAUUGAAAUAUGUGCUUCAUUAAGAUUCAGUGUACUUUAUGUUGCAAUUGUUUUCUAAAUACCAACUAGAUGCCAUGGCCAACUUGACAACUUUUGUUAACCCCUUGAGUUAGACGCAGAUGGCACUUGAACCCAAUGAACCUUGUAUAUAAUUUAGUCAGUUCCAAAACGCGAUUAGUUAAUGACUGCCCUUGCACCACUGACGCCGAUAUUAAACACAAACAAUUGGACUUCAACACAAUGCGGAAGUUUUACACAAUAUCGAGCAGAUUGAAAUCAGAACUCUUAAAUCUUAAAAAGCGUUGUCUGACUGUGUAAUUGUUGCGCUGUCCUUGCGUUAUUGAACCACACACACAUCAAUAAAUAACUAAUUAUAAUGAUAACAAAAUAGAACGUAAAGUUAAACUAAAAUGGGGCAAAACAAACAUCAGCAAACAAACAACAAUAAAGUAAAGUAAAUUAGUCUACUUACGUUUUCGUGUAAGUUUUUUUUCAUAUUUAAAUAUAAUAUUAAUUUGUAUUUAACGAAUGUAGUAGGGCCCACUUGGUAAAACUCCGCUCCACCCAAACACGCAUACAUACGCUCGCUCACACUCAAACCAAUCGACAUCCCACAACCACACUGACAGAAAGUAAUAAAGUUAUUUGUUAAUAAUCGUA